AAGUCUCUCUCACUUUACAGGUCAGUUCUGUUUAUGUAUGCGGGAGCUUCUCUGCAUAUUGAGAAGUGAGAACAUCUCCAAUUAGGAUGAUGUUUCGGAAUCUUCCAGGGAAGAGGGACUGAGACGAGUUUCUCGAUCGGUAUUAGGAUUUCGAUUCCUUGUUUCGGAAGUCGAUGGAUUCUGCGGGAAGCCGCGCCCAAUCAUUCGGUCAGACGGAGAUUAACUGGGACAAGCUUGAUAAAACUAAGUUCUAUGUUGUUGGAGCUGGGAUUUUUACUGGACUUACCCUGGCACUUUAUCCAAUUUCAGUUGUGAAGACGAGGCUGCAAGUGUCUUCUCAUGACACUGUGGAAAGAAAUGCAUUUUCUGUUCUCAAAAACCUUCUGAGAACUGAUGGGAUACGUGGAUUAUAUAAGGGUUUUGGAACUGUUGUUACUGGAACAAUACCUGCCAGAAUAAUUUUUCUUACUGCAUUAGAGACAACAAAAAUGACUGCUUUCAAGAUGGUAGAACCUUUGGAAUUAUCCGAGCCUACACAUGCAGCUAUAGCAAAUGGGCUUGGUGGCAUGAUGGCGUCACUGUGUGCACAAGCCGUCUUUGUUCCGAUCGACUUGGUUAGUCAGAGGUUGAUGGUGCAAGGGUAUUCUGGUCAUCAAACUUAUAAUGGUGGCCUUGAUGUUGUCCGUAAGGUUAUUAAAUCUGAUGGUAUAAGGGGACUAUAUAGAGGCUUUGGUCUGUCUAUCAUAACAUAUUCACCUUCAAGUGCUGUCUGGUGGGCAAGUUAUGGUGCUAGCCAACGAGUGAUCUGGAGACUGUUAGAUUCUGGUAAUGAGCAUGAUCGUAGACCUCCAAGUGAAGGGAAAAUUGUUAUGGUUCAAGCUGGCGGAGGAAUUUGUGCAGCUGCUACCGCCUCAUGCUUCACAACCCCGUUGGAUACUAUAAAGACUCGCUUGCAAGUGAUUGCACAUGACAAGAGACCCACAGCAAGACAAGUAGUUAAAAAUUUGAUCGCUGAGGAAGGAUGGGCUGGGUUUUAUCGAGGACUUGGCCCUCGAUUUUUCAGUAUGUCAGCCUGGGGAACAUCCAUGAUACUCGCCUACGAAUAUCUAAAGCGCUUGUGCGCCAUAGAUGAAACAACUCGGCGACAGUGAUGAUUAAAGACGCCCUCUUUGUUGGCGGCGACAAUGAUUUUUGUGUAAGUACAGAGACCUACUACAGCUUUGGAAAUACUGUAGAUGAUUGAGAAAACGAUUAGUCGAUGUUAUAGUAGAAUUGCUAGACAGCUUAACAAAAUACACUUAAUCCCACUAUAUCUUUUUGGGAUACACACAUUCUUUUAGUCUUUGAGCCAUUGGAUAUGCUCAAUCUCGAUCCAUGAACACUAAUAAUUGUUUUUUUCAUUCUCUCGUGUAAAAUUUUCUUGCAUGAGGUCAUUAUAUUGCUAUAAUAUAGUGUUUGUGUGUUUCAUGACUGGAAAUUUAUUACAUAAGUGAUUAAAGAUCCUGUCUCCUCAGGCUUAUUUCA